GCGAUGGGCUCCGAGGCCACGCAGCUAGUGGAGGCUGCCGACUUCGCGGCUCGCAAGCACCGACUGCAGCGGCGGAAGGACCCCGAAGGGACACCCUACAUCAACCACCCUAUCGGUGUGGCUCGGAUCCUGACCCAUGAGGCGGGAGUCACUGACAUUGUGGUGUUACAGGCAGCGCUGCUCCAUGACACAGUGGAGGACACAGACACCACCCUGGAUGAGGUGGAGCUGCACUUCGGGGCACAAGUGCGACGCCUGGUGGAGGAGGUAACAGAUGACAAGACUCUGCCCAAGCUGGAGAGAAAGCGGCUGCAGGUGGAGCAGGCUCCCCACAGCAGUCCCGGGGCUAAACUGGUGAAGCUGGCAGACAAGCUGUACAAUCUGAGGGACCUGAAUCGCUGCACCCCAGAGGGAUGGUCUGAACAUCGAGUCCAGGAAUACUUCGAGUGGGCAGCGCAAGUGGUGAAGGGGCUUCAGGGAACAAACCGACAGCUGGAAGAGGCUCUAAAGCAGCUGUUUAAGGAGCGGGGGCUGACACUCUGAGCAGUGCUUGCAGCCACCAGGUGGCCCAGACUUCAGCCUCCUCCGGCCAGAAAGGAAUCAUAUUCCAACCUUUUGGUGCCUCUGGAUCUCACUCCCUGAUUUAUUCAGCCCAGAUAUCUCUCAAGGUUUCCUGCCAACUAAGCUGAGCCCUGGAUUGAGGAAAUCAGAUGCAGCUCAUCCAUUUCUAACGCAUUUACUGCCCCUUCUCCUUGGGUCUCUUUGCUAUUUUGCACGGGCCAAAACCCUGCCCCCCUUCCCCCCCCCCCCCCCAGGGACUUGGGCUUAUAUAAACACUCGUUCAUAAGUCAUUAUGGAAAAUAAAACAUUUUGGGUAAAGGUUUAAGUUCUUGCUGCUCCUUCCCCAACCUCCUGAAUGGGGAACUGGGAUGCGGGAUUCAGCAUGGCAGGGUUCCAAUUGUGUGUCCCCCGGGGAAAGGUUCCUCAGGUUGAGCGCCUCAACCCCUCUGAGCCUGGUUUCCUUAACAGUGAGACAGGCUGUGUAAUUAUUAGGCUUAGAUUAUGUGACGUCUCAGAUGGAGCCUGACACAUAGGCGCUCAAAAAAUGGUAGUCGUCGUCCUCCUUAAGAAAACGGGACGGGAUGACUGACGUUUUGGAAAGGAAUGCCACCUGCGUACUGGCUGCUCUAGCUGAGCCCUGGAGAGACCCCAGGAGCAAUAUGACAGGGCCGGUGGGGGACUGCGGGUCCCAGACCGCAGCCCAUCCCAGGUCUCAGCGCUAGCCUUCUGCCAGUGCCUUGGGUUGCUAAGUGACAUGGACUUCCGGGCACCUCCGGAAGUGGUCGGGGCGGCCCAGCCCGCGAGCCCUGGGGUGGGCGGAGUUUAGGGUAGGGGGCGGGCCGCUUCGUGGCGCCGCGGGCAGAGGUCUUCCGGUGAAGGGUGUUUAGUCACUGCUGAGCAGCUGGGGCUUAUUGGCCCCUCGGAAAGGGUACGCCUGGGAGGAAGCAACUCCUCCUCGCCCAGUCACGUUUGAUCCUGAGAUUGCAGUGACAACUCAGGCCCAUCUUCAGGCUCCACUUCUGAUCCUAGUUCUUUUGCCGUUGUUUCCACCGCGUCUGCAGUGACUUCCUCCACGGAAGUCUUGACCCUCUCAAAGUCAUCCGAGAGUUUGGCAUCAUGAUACAGAAAGGAUUCUGUGUGCCCUGGCCUGAAGCUGCCAACAGCCCUGGAUGAUCAGGAAGGACUCUUGAUAUUCAGGUAGGGGCCCAGCAGGCCCAGAGGACCUUCUCUGAGGACCCCAAAGCAAGCUUUCACCCAAAAUGAUUAACUCACC